UCGUACAAUAACAGACAAGCAUUGCUUUGACGCUCCAAUUUUAAGGACGAUCAACACAUUCAUCGACACUCGAACGCCUCGUCCGUGUCACUGGAGCCAGUCAGGUCAAUCAACACCCUCGCUUAAUCCACUCCAUCCCCACUCCCUUUUUCAGCUCGUCGGAGAUACAAUCGUGGUGUCGUUCGAUUGGGGUGUUCCUCAGCUCUUGUCGCCUGUGACAUCAGUUCAGCUGCCAUCGCGGCCAAGAAAAUAUAAAUGGCCAAUAUUGGAUGUUCGGGCUCCAUGCCAACGUACACCUGAGAAAAAAUGGGUCUGUCAAAAUUUGACGGAUCUUAGACAUCAGGCGGGGUUAUUGGGAAGGGAGAAUCAUAAAUAACGGCCUUGUUCCCGGUCAAAUCGGUCGCUUCCAGUGCAAUCGCUAAUCUUUCCUUUCUGAGUACCUUGAGAAAUAACACAAUCAACCAAGAUGGGUGUAACUGAGACUCCUGACCAGGACACGAUCGAGAAAGGGCUCAGACAGUCACAAAAAGCAAACGAAAAUGACACCCAAGCGAUGUUCGACAUCUACAUCUACGAUGAAACGUCCAAGGCAGCCAAGAUGGAAAAAUUCGUCAACCUUGGAAGCAUCAAGAACAUCGAGGGCAAGGCUCUGAAGGACAUCCGGAAGAUGCUUAUUAGUCAGAAUGCGUUGACAUAUAGACAAAAAGGAAGCUCGUUCUGCAACAAGGCUGGAGCUCAAGCAAACGAGGAUCUGAGCUUUUCCGAGUACACGGAGUCUCUUAGUCGCGGAGUGGAAACGUCGAUCGAUGACAAGGAAGAGAAGAAACCGAGCAAUGAAGGCGAUGAGGCUCAAGCCGCCAGCGCAUCCGGCACCCAGGGCGGUAAAACAGGCGCAAAGAAGGAAGUCUUCACUGUCUAUCUCAAGUCUCGCAGACUCCCUACCGAGGUGGACGAGGCGACCAAGGAGUUCAUGAAGCAGAAGUUGGAACUCGAACUCAGACAAGCGGAACUUGGAGCGACAGUCAAGCCCGAGCUCCUUACUAGCUCUUACAACCACAAUAACUUCAUGGCUUCAGCUGGCAGUGGCAAAGUGACUCAUCCAGCCGAUAUGACACAGAAAGAAUGGAAUAUAGUCAUGCAGACCAACUCUCUACUCAACGGUAGCUAUAUUAGACUGCCCUCGGCCGGAGUCUCUAAAAAGGUCGAGCGUGCCAUGUAUCCAGCCUUUCAACUGAAGCCCCGCCUGUUUCGUGACUACGAGGUGUCCCUCGAUAGCAAAGAUAUCAAGACACCUGAGCAAAUGCUGCGUAUCCCUCGAUACAGGGUUGAGGAUGAUUCUUACGUCGAGGUGUCGGAGAACAAAUCCUCUGUGGCGUCGGCAAUUGCUUCAAGCUCUCUUUCUGAAAUCGCCGCAGAAGUUGCUGUUGAAGGAGGAGCUUUUGGCUACAGUGCCAGUGCUAAGGCUUCAUACAAAAACGAAGAAAAAUCGGCGAACUCCAUGACAAGCCGUACGGAUGAAAACCAUAUGACUAUCACUUACAAUUUCCCCCGUGUGGUUGUCCAACUGGAUGAAGACAGCCUGGAGCUUUCGGAGGAGUGCGCGGCGGACCUGAAGCAUGUGAAGGACAAGGCUUCCGUGGAGGCAUUCAGAACUAAAUACGGUGCCUUCUUCGCAUCUCGUGUAGAACUUGGAGGACGGCUUCACUCCUCAGAAAACUCAAAGGCGUUGGGCAGUGGAUCCGUGGAGGAGAAGUCCAAGUCCAUGAAAGUCGCCGCGAGUGUGUCGUUCUCUUCGCCAUUCGUGCAGGCGGCUGCCAGUGCCAGCUAUGGAAAUUCCAGCGCAAGCAAGAACGAGAAUACCUCGAGCUCUCUUAACAACAGCAUGACUUGGGAGGCUAAAGGAGGCGAUACCUUGUUGUGCAAUAACCCCCCUGCAUGGUGUAGCACCGUGGCAUCUUUCUACAACUGGCGCGUUGUCAAGCAAGAGAACCUUCUCUCGAUUGAAGAGCUCAUUUCGAGGACAGAUGGACAUCAGGGUGUCAAAACCCUGUUUGACAGCAUCUUGCUCCCAGAGGGAAAGAAACCCGAACCUCCCAAGGUGGCAAGCGGUUCGCUUGUGGUCUGCUUCCUUGGUAAAGACACUUCCCAAUACAUGACCAUGAGAGAGGAUACGGGUCCUAAUACUGCGAUUGGUCAACAUGUUGCGAGCGAAGCCUCGACCAAGAUGUUUAACAACUUUUUUAGCGGGGGCUUUUAUCCCCCAGCCCAAGUCACAUGGCUCCAAAGAUUGAUGUCGAAAUGCUGUCGCCCGCUUGUGAUGAGAGAGGCGAGAUUUACCGGAUCUCAAGAUUUCCAAGUUCAUGGAUUGAUUAAUACCACGACUGGACAUAAGAGGCUCCAAAAUGGCGCCACUUAUAAGGUGUGGAAUAAAUUCGCAAAUGGAUGGAUCAAGGGUACCGACUCUUUGCCUGGUUUCUAUGACAAUUCCUUCCUCCACGAAGAGGGCGAUAUGGGAGCUGCUUACAUCAAGUUGCAGUCUGUCAAGCCAUUUGAAGCGUCGGACGUUCUCGAUCAAGAGGACGAAGUCUUCAUAUACAUGUACGACGAAAGUGGAACGUUGCUUGGUCCAGUCAAGGAACUGCCAAAUGGUAUGCUUGGUACGGACCGAAGCGGGGGUGCUAAGACGUUUGUCCUCCGCUUUCAGUAAUGGUGGCUCGUCUAUGAUUUUCAAGGGUCUUCCACAAGAUCAACCAGAGAUUAUGCUAAAUAAAAGUCUGGCUAGUCAAGAAUAAGCAAGAACCAUGGAAAAACCAACCAAAAUUAUUAUAUACAGCUCAUACUUCUAGAUAUAUAAUGGCGCUCCAUAGCUUGGCUUAUCUAUGGGCAGUUGAUUCUGGUCAAAUAUGGC